UCUGGUCUGGAAUGUACAAUCUCAGGACCGAGCUUCUAGUGUGGAUCACCCCCUUCAUCGGAGGGGCCUUAAUGUACCAUGGCUGAGCUCCAGUUUGACUUUCUGACUAUUCCUAUCCCCGACUUCGUGUGUGGGGUUGGGGUCUUCUCUGUGGCUCUGUGCUACCUGAUGGGGAGUCUAUGUUUUCCGGUAUUUUGGGAUCAAAGAGACAUCAAUGAGUGUCGGCACAGAGUUAAGAGGAGGAGGAAAUUUGGAACACACACAGGUCAGAGAACAUGCCAGAGAGAAGCACAAGAGAGAAGGAAGUUACUUUCUAUUCUGAAAAGCCGACAGAGCCAGCAUCACGACAUCAUCCACUUUCGUCACCUGCUAUGUCCAGACCCCCUCUGUGAGGUGUGUAAUAGAGCAAGUACCAUGGUCCAUCAUCUGCUGCUUCAGGAGUCCCUUGAUGAUGCUUCUUCUGCUGAUUCUUCAUCUUCCACAGCUUCUGUGACUGAAUCAUCGUUCACGGAGACUUCCACGAUUUCUGACAUCCAUCCAGGCGACUCAAUACCAUACCCUUCAUCUGAUUCCUGCCCACUUCCCACCUCAGUUAUCUCACCUAAGCCAGUAACCCCCUUAUCUGAUUUUCUUUCAGUCUCAUCACGCAGUGACUCUCUUUCACCACAACCUAUUUAUCCCUCAAGUCUCAAAUUCCCAGAGGACCAUUCCCCACCCCGACCACUUGCCCUAUUUGACUCUUCAACACAUGCAAGUCAGGGAACAGAUUCCGUUGUCCAUCCAGAGGCUACUUUGCCUGUGACGGGUAACCCUGACGAGUCAUGCACUCAUAUCCCUUCAAACAGCAGCACUGAACCUUCAAGUGUGGCAAUGUCAAGGCUGUGUCAGUGGCAGGCUCCUUCCAGGAAUGUACUCCUCCCCAGGUUACAACACUGUGACUCUGAGCAAGAGAAUGCUUCCUCCCAUUCACCCAGGUCCUGUUUCUGUAGAGACUUUGAUGCUACAAACAUCGAUGCCAGUAGCCUUCUUCUUCUCGGCCUUAAUGUAAAAACACUUUCAGAGAGACAACUACGGAAGGAAAUGACUUUCCAGAUUUCAGAAAUGAAAGAGAAUGCAACAGGAACAUUUUCAAACCAAAUGGGGUUGGAACACUGCUUGACUUCUUCAGGAAACUCAUUGCUAUCACUUGCACAUGAGCAGGCUGCCACAGCCACCAAGCCUGGCUGGGAUACUGAGGGAAAACUAGAACCACUGUGCCUUUGUCAGCAGCUUCUAUAUGUCAAGAACCUGGGGGAAAGCUUGAAGCAGCAGUACAGGCAGCUCUUCUGGGGUCUUCCUUCCCUGCACAGUGAGUCCCUAGUGGCCACUGUCCUCCUCUCUAAUGGCAGUUCUUCACUGGAGCCUCACUUUGUUUUAUUCAAUGGAAUCUGUAGUGGUUUGAUAGUCCAAACACAGGACCCAAAGCCGCCUCCUCUGCCUCGUGUUCACACUCUUCCCCUCACUCACCUGCAUUCCCAAUACUUUCCUCAAAAUCAUCUUCAACCUCAGUUUCUACCUCCAGCGCAUGCCCAUUCCCGUAUCCACUUUCAUUACCCUCUCACUAUACUGCCAUCCUCCUCAGCCCAGAUACAAAGCCACAAAGCAGCUUUUCAUAGAUUCCAGAGUGGGGCUGACUCUCACCUCCCAAAUCAGCACCUGGAAUGUUUUCAGAAGCCAGAAAGUUUAUGGAAGUUAGUUCCUAGACACCAAACACAUCAAGAACUUCCUUGUUCUCCAGAUUCCAACUUUCCAUCCCUCAGGCAGUCCUCGCAGACACCAGUCUCUGUCUUCCCUGGACAUUUUCAUGUCAACAAUGGACACCGGGGGCAACUGGAGCUCCAGGUUUCAAUGAGGCAAGCUCCAUACUGCUGUGUCCGUGUUAACAAGAAUGCAGAGUUUGCGGCACUGAUGGAACCUCAGUUUGAUUCAAUGGACACAGCUCGUCUGGAUUGCAGACAUGCUCACUCCCCACACUCUGAGUUUCAGGGCCACAGAAGUGAAGACUCAGGGAACACAGAAUUGAUGACUUCAAGAAAUUUCCAUGAGAGGGUUCAUACACAGUGUCAGCUGAGAAAGGACAUGACAAAGAAUCUUGCAAAUACUCUGGGGACAUAUUCCUUAGACAACCCACCAACCAUGUCCGAAUGCUACCAAGGCAAGAGUCAGAGAGCUGCAGCUGAGACAAAAUAUGCCUGGAUGUGGUACUCAAGAAAUGACUCAAUGAAUGAAUUACAAAGGGUCUCAAGGAACAACUUAAAUGAAAAUCAAAUAAAAAGCAUCCUCAGAUUGCAUCUGACAAGGAAGUUUUGGCAGAUCAUUGAGAAUAGGAUCCCUUUAUUAGUGUGUCAUUCAUGGCUGGCUACUAAUGAUAGAUUAUCUGCUUCUCAGAAUUGCCAUAGCAAUACGGAAAAUGAACAUUCGGCACUGAUGUUGCGUGGUUGCCAGAUUAACCCUUUUGUGCUUUCCUUUCUUCAUCCUAAAACCCAACAGAUGCUAGAGGCUCAUAUUAUAAGGUUUCAGCUAAAUCAGAAGUGGGGGCUACCCCUGAAGGUUCUUGAAUCCAUAAAGAUAUUUACAAUGAGAGAAGCAAAAACAUGGGUGCUUCCACAAUUAGACAAUCCCUUGUCUACCGUCCACAUUUCUGGGAAAGAUUCCAAAGCUGAGAAAAUCUCCCAACCCUUUCAUGGAGACAAAGUUGAAACAAUAAGUCCAGUUCUCAGUCCGAAUUCUUCUCUUCUUGCCACCUCCCCUAAGGGACAGGAAGAACAGGAAUCCCCAAGACAAUCAUCUUUUGAAACCAACAGUGUACAAUCAGAAAAUGAUCAAAAAUCAUCUGUUGAAAGUGGCACAGAGAUCUCUAUGUCAUCCUCACACAGCAUCAUAAGUGAAAAAAGUCAGAAACAGACUGUUGGAGUGAGACAAGACAGUCCAGAGCAGCCCACAGUGCAAGAUGAAGCUGAACAUAAUGAAUCAAGAAAUGGGAGAGUGAGAUUCAGUGAUCAAAGUGAUACAGUAGCCAUGUUUCAGGAAAGCAAGAUGGAGGAUACAGAUUCAGAACAUUUGUCCAUACCCAACAUAUACGAGGAAGUAUUUAAGGCACAGGAAUUGCCCGUGUCUCCAUUACAAGAUACUAAUGGCCAAACAGCCACCAACUCCCAAAUGAAAACAAUGAAUCCAAAUCAAGCCACUGCCAGUGACUGCUGCCCACUAUCAAUCCUUAAAGAGCCCAUACUAUCUCCCCCUAAAGAACAGCUGUUGAGGGAGUUGAAGUUUAAAUUGCAGAGUAGGGAUCACGGCCAAAGUCCAGGCUGUUCCAGUGAUCCAUCCUUUACUGCAGACAGCUGGACAACUGAUUCUUCACGGUCUGAGUCCCACAGUGCCUUCAGUGAGGAUAUCACAGAUUCCCAGGUGCAUGCCAUGCCCACAGCGUACUACAGGGGAGGAAAAGGAGCAUUUGUUGCACUUCAUGAGAACCUCUUGAGACCAGACCUGGUGAAAUCCUUGACAUCUCACCUACAGGAGACAAGACUGAAACACAAGCCCCAGUGA